AGGUUGACGAUGAUGGGUCAAACUGUGUGAGGGCAUCGCAUGGAAAUGGACAUUCCGAACUGUUAAUGGGGACAUGGGACUCCGGUCACCCGUGAUCACUGGUGUGGAUCUUCCUGGGGGAGAGACAGAAGCUGCUAACAAGGUGUCCAGACCUACAGCACGCACCCUCCGUGAAAGGGCAUCAGACUUUGUCAUUGUAAAUUGCGUCUGGGAGAAUGUCUGAGCAAGGUGACCUGAGCCAGGCCAUAGUGGAGGAAGGCGGAACUGACCAGGAGCCAGCCACCCCAGAAAAUGGAGUGCUUAAAUCCGAGAGUCUGGACGAAGAGGAGAAGCAAGAAUUGCAGAGGCGGCUGGCAGCUCAGAACCAAGAGAGAAGAAAAUCUAAGUCAGGAGCCGGCAAAGGGAAACUGACCCGCAGCCUUGCCGUCUGUGAGGAAUCGACAAGACCCGGAGCCGAAAGUCUUCAGGACCAGGAAUCCAUUCAUUUACAGCUUUCCAGUUUCCCCAGGCUGCAAGAGGAUGAUAAAUCUAGAAAAGAUGACUCUGACAGAGAAAAGGAAAAGGAUAAAAACAAAGAUAAAACCUCUGAGAAACCCAAGAUCAGAAUGUUAUCAAAAGAUUGCAGCCAAGAAUAUACGGAUUCUACAGGCAUAGAUUUGCACGAGUUUUUGAUUAACACAUUAAAGAAUAAUUCCAGGGACAGGAUGAUCCUUUUGAAAAUGGAGCAAGAAAUGAUUGAUUUCAUCGGGGAUAACAACAACCAUUAUAAGAAGUUCCCUCAGAUGUCAUCAUAUCAGAGGAUGCUGGUCCAUCGCGUGGCAGCCUACUUUGGGCUUGACCACAACGUGGAUCAGACGGGGAAAUCUGUCAUCAUCAACAAGACCUGCAGCACUAGGAUACCAGAGCAAAGGUUUUGUGAACAUUUAAAAGAUGAAAAAGGUGAAGAAUCCCAGAAGCGGUUUAUCUUGAAGCGAGAUAACUCUAGUAUUGAUAAAGAAGACAAUCAGUCAGUUUGCUCCCAGGAAAGCCUUUUUGUGGAAAACAGUAGGCUCUUGGAAGACAGUAACAUAUGCAAUGAGACCUAUAAGAAAAGACAGCUCUUUCGGGGCAACAGAGAUGGCUCAGGGAGGACGUCCGGGAGCCGACAGAGCAGCUCGGAGAAUGAACUCAAGUGGUGCGACCACCAGCGGGCCUGGAGCAGCACGGACUCUGAUAGCUCCAAUCGCAAUCUCAAGCCCACCAUGACCAAGACGGCAAGUUUUGGUGGCAUCACUGUGCUGACCAGAGGUGACAGCACAUCCAGUACCAGGAGUACCGGGAAGCUGUCCAAAGCAGGUUCCGAGUCUUCCAGCGGUGCAGGCUCCCCGGGAUCAUUGUCCCGCACGCACCCACCUCUCCAGAGCUCACCCCUGCUCUCCGGUGUGGCGGCCAACUCCUCCGGCUGUGUGCCCUACCCUCAGAACGGAAUGGGGGGCCAGGUCACUCCCAGCAGCACCAGCUACAUCCUCCUUCCACUCGAAGCUGCAACGGGCAUCCCUCCUGGAAGCAUCCUCCUUAAUCCACACACAGGCCAGCCUUUUGUAAAUCCGGAUGGAACUCCUGCAAUAUACAACCCGCCUACGAGUCAGCAGCCCCUGCGGAGCACGAUGGUGGGACAGGCCCCGCAGCAGCCCCCGCAGCAGCCCUCACCUCAGCCCCAGCAGCAGGCCCAGCAGCCGCAGCCGCAGGUGGCAGGCACACUGGUUACGCAGUCUAUCCAGGGGCUGCAGGCUUCCCCAUCGUCAGUGCAAUAUCCAGCUGUGUCCUUUCCUCCCCAGCAUCUCCUGCCUGUGUCUCCAGGGCAACACUUCCCUGUGAGAGAAGAUGUGGCCACGCAGUUCAGCCAGAUGAACUUGAGCCGACAGUCCUCAGGAGAAACCCCAGAGCCCCCGCUGGGUCCUGUCUACCCAACAUCAAUCUUGCCACAACCAGCCCAGCAGCCAAGCUAUGUCAUUGCCUCCACAGGCCAGCAGAUUCCUCCAGGGGGCUUCACGGGCUCUGGACCACCGAUCUCCCAACAAGUCCUCCAGCCCCCUGCCCCGUCACAGGGCUUCGUGCAGCAGUCUCCGCCCACACAGAUGUCCGUAUAUUACUACCCAUCUGGUCAGUACCCUACCUCAACCACGCAGCAGUACCGGCCCCUGGCCUCGGUUCAGUACAGCGCUCAGAGAAGUCAGCAGAUGUCACAGGCAACGCAGCAAGCAGGCUACCAGGCAGUUUUGUCAGGUCAGCAGGGGUUCCAAGGCCUCCUGGGAGUGCAGCCGCCACCUCAGAGCCAGAGCGUGAUGAGCAACCAACAAGGAACUCCGGUGCAAAGCGUCAUGGUGCCCUACCCAACCAUGUCUUCUUAUCAGGUGCCAAUGACCCAGGGUUCUCAAGGGCUGUCCCAGCAGUCAUACCAACAGCCAAUCAUGCUACCUACCCAGGCAGGGCAAGGCUCGCUCCCAGCCUCGGGAAUGCCCGUGUACUGUAACAUCACCCCGCCAAGCCCCCAGAACAGCCUGCGGCUGAAUGGCCCCAACUGCCCCUCCAGCACGGUCCCCGUGAUGUCAGCCAGCUGCAGGACAAACUGUGUGAGUGUGAGCAGUCCCGCGUGGCAGGUCAAAUUCUGAGAGCUCCGGCUGCCGUGCGUUCCUCUGGACGUGGAUCACGGCCUUCAAGGGAAGAGGAGCCACACGAGAAAGCUGGCUGAGAACUCAAGUAUUCUCUUAACAAUCAAAUGGUUGCUGCUGGUAUUCUGUAAAAAUAAACAAAGACUACUCCACACGUUAGCUGGUUAAUGGUGCAUAUUUCUGUCAUGUCUGCUAGGUAUGCCUUUCUAGCUUAGCUAGUGACAUGAAUUCAUCAAGGUAAGAUUUUUUCCUACCACGGAAUACCACUGUGUAGACUACAAGAUCCCUAAUUUGGAUUAGUUUUGUACUUUGUGUUGAGUUUGUGAUGCUAAAAGUAUUUAAAAGAAAAAAAAAUUCUAUACCGAAAUCACAAUGUACCAAAGCUGUAACAGGAAAAGAAGAGUUGAUGAAUGGAAAGACUAAUUUAUAUACACUAUAGAGUUUUCUUUUUUUAAUGGAUAUAUACUGUAUUGUAGUGCUUAAUUAAAAUAAAAUUAUUUGACCUUAUGGAGGAAGGUCAUUUUUUAGCACCCGUGUGGUUCA